UGUGUUUAGUUUGAUCAGUGACAAAUACGUUAAUCUGUAUAGUGAAUAUUUCAAUAAUGGAGGCAGUGAAAUUUCUCCUCAUUUUUGUGUUCUUCACAAUUAUGCAUGUACCUACAGCGGAUAUGAGGACAGCUGUACCUACAGCCGAUAUGAGAACUAACGAUUCAGUGAAAAGCGUUUCAGCAGCACUAACAGCAGAGAUGCGAACAGACGCUUACGUAAAAAAGGACGAAAACAGUGUUGGCUACACCAACGGUGAUACAAGGAAGGAAAGAACGAACAGACGAAGAGAAGAUUGCGGACCAGGUGACCUGUACGGCCCUAGCGCCACUAUCGAGAGCCCGUACAACCCCGGGUAUUACCACCUCUACUACCACUGCUAUUGGACCAUGCACGUGCCUCCCAACACGACAGUGAGGCUGACGUUUGAGAGAUUCGACUUAUAUACCGGACACGACUACGUCACUGUUUACGAUGGUUCCAGAAACGUUACCGGAAAAUUAACAGGAUUUAUACAUGUCCCGUACUACGUGGAUUCCACGGGCGAUAUCAUGAGGGUUGAAUAUGUAACUGACAUCGCUUUUACAACUAAUGGAUUUAAAGCCAGCCUCCAAGAAAUAGACAAAGAAGUAACCACUGCCGACUAUGGACGACCGACUACGGAGAAUCCAGUGACGAUAACGGACACUGCUGCACCGCACUAUUCCUCGGACAUGUACGUCAGCGCCAUCACUGUCGCCUGUUACCCAGACGCUUGGGACAUCCGGAUAUAUUUGCCAAAUCUUUACAAACGGCAUAGUGACUUUGACCCGUCUGAUAUUUACCUCGGUGAGCCUGGUUGCGGGGGCUACCGCUCCGGUAACUAUCUCGUCGUUCACCAACAGUACAGCAAGUGCGAGACUCACCUCAUGAUAACCUCCACUAAAAUGGAAUAUACAAAUACCCUCAUUUACGCGUACAGAGAUGCCACUUACAAAUUUAUCGUCAGAGAUUACCGCUUCAAGAUUGACGUGGAAUGUGACAUAGCAACGCAUGAGACGGUAUCACAACACUUUAUAGAGACACAUAACAAAGUGCGCACGCGUAGUAAUAACCCACAUGUUUCCGGUUCCGGUCAUUAUAAUGUCCACAUGUCAUUUUACAGUGACUCCUCUUACCAACAACAAUUGACCGGAAGUUCUCUGACGGUCAACAUCGGGGAUGACAUAUACGUCAGUGUGACCACGCCCCUCUCAGACUCUGAUGUCAAGAUAAGGGUCGAAUCUUGCUACACCCUUCCUUCCCUGAGUGCUGGGGACGAAUUCAAAUUAUACCUCAUCAGAAACGGAUGUAGCAGUGACGUCAACACCCACGUCAGAAAUACAUCAUCUCACGAGACCAGGUUCGUCUUCCGUGACUUCGAGUACUCCGGUAGAAAUCAGGACGAUUUAUACUUGUUCUGUACGGUUACGUUUUGUAACGUGACUGACCAUUCGUCAGCGUGCGACCAAUCCUGUCACAAAGUCAGAACGAGGUCUGUCCAAUCAGCGUCCACGACUCAUCUUAGAACAGCGGAUACCUCUGACGUUCUACAUUUGUCUAAAGACCGUUUGAGACGUGACGUAGGAAAACUGGAUGAUGUAGAAAUAACCGGUCAUGCGCAGUCCGUCAGAUUCCCUGAUCAUCUUUUGAUAGCCGUCGUCAUCAGUGCUCUAGGGAUAUUGGCGAUCGGGAUGUUUGUGGCAAUUCGCCGUUACCGGAAACGGAAGUCCGGUCCUAACGAUACCCUCUAAAGUAUCUAACCUGACCGAUAUUUUAUAAGAGAUCGAUGCUUGGUGAACCGAAGAGGGAUGUACAAACUUGAUUUGAUGAAAUAUUUCCCCUGAUUUGAUGAGCAACUAAAACGGUUCUUCAAUGAGGGCUAGUUUGUGAUAAUGUAAC